CUUCUCUUUCUCACCACUUGUAAACACCCCCAUACCUACUCCCUAUAAUUAAGCAAACAUUACAAACACAUUACUAAAUUAACACCACUUGACUUCUUCUUUCACUUUAUUAAUCAUACCUUUCUUUUAGCUUACCUCAUUCUAAUUCACCUCUAUUUAAACAAUCUCAUUCUUUCAAUCUCACUUCACAAGCUUUCACAUUUUUGCAUCUCAUCACAAUUUCCAUAUUGCGUUUUUUAGGUCAAGAAAACACGAGAGAGUGUGAGGAACAAAAUAAACAAUUCAUUUAGUCAAAACCAUAAAGUGAAGAGAAGAGAAGAGAGUUAGUUACAUUUGAAUAAGAGAGUAAAGAAACAAGGAAAAUAAAAUCAUCACCGAAUCAAUAUUUAAUCCUAACCGUUGAUGGCCACUCGAGUAAUCCCUCCAAGAAUCCUUAGGAAACUCCGUUACAACACCGCAACAAAACCCUUUCAACCUUCUCUCUCCACCCCCACUCUCUCUCCUCCUUGUUAUCUCGACCAAAAACCGCCAUCAACAACAACAACUCUCCUCCCUCCCACCGCCGUCGCCGACCUCAAUUUUCACGACGUCGAAAAACUCUUCUCUUACGUUUCAACCACCAAACUUCUCCGAUCAACCGCCGUUCUCCAUGCCACUGCAAUUGAACCAAUGGUUGAUUUCGGUACAUGGAUCAUGAGAUCUGAACUCAUGCAGACAAAUAAUCCUUUACGAAAUCUCGCUCUCUCCGCCACACGCGCCACUUUUUACGAUCACUUUUGCGCCGGAGAAGAUGCUACCACCGCCGGUCAAAGUAUCGGCGUUUUAAACGAAGCAGGUUUACGUGGAAUGCUCGUUUACGGAGUUGAAGAUGCAAUGGAUAAUGAAGCUUGUGAUCGCAAUCUCAAAGGUUUUCUUCACACCGUUGAUGUCAGCAGAUCGCUUCCUCCAUCUUCGGUGAGCUUUGUGAUUGUGAAGAUUACUGCAAUAUGUCCAAUGAGUUUGCUGGAAAGACUUAGUGAUUUGUUAAGAUGGCAAAAGAAAGAUCCUUCAUUUGAUUUACCAUGGAAGCAAGAUUCAUUACCAAUUUUCUCUGAGCUAACACCUUUGUACCAUACAAGGAAGAGACCUGAACCAUUAACACUAGAAGAAGAGAGUGAUCUUGAACUUGCUAAUAAGAGAUUCCUUGAGCUAUGUCAAAAGUGUGUUCAAGCCAAUAUUCCUUUGUUGGUUGAUGCAGAGCAUACAUCAGUUCAACCUGCAAUUGAUUACUUUACUUACUCAUCUGCUAUAUUGCAUAACAAAGGUGAAAACCCUAUUGUGUUUGGAACCAUUCAGACUUAUUUGAAGGAUGCUAAGGAGAGGUUGAUCUUGGCAUCAAAGGCUGCUGAUAAAAUGGGUAUUCCAAUGGGAUUUAAAUUGGUGAGAGGUGCUUAUAUGUCUAGUGAAAGGAAAUUGGCUGCUGAAUUGGGGUAUGCUUCACCAAUUCAUAAAACUAUUAAGGACACUCAUAAGUGUUUCAAUGAUUGUUCUUCUUUUAUGCUUGAGAAGAUUGCUAAUGGACCUGGUGGGGUUGUUCUUGCAACUCAUAAUGUUGAAUCAGGAAAAUUGGCUGCUGCAAAAGCACAUGAAUUGGGGAUUGGAAAGGUGAACCACAAGCUUGAAUUUGCACAACUAUAUGGAAUGUCAGAGGCACUUUCUUUUGGUUUGAGCAAUGCAGGGUUUCAGGUCAGCAAAUACAUGCCAUUUGGACCUGUAGAGACUGUUAUGCCUUACCUCUUGAGAAGGGCUGAGGAAAAUAGAGGGGUUUUGGCUGCAUCAGGCUUUGACAGGCAACUGAUGAGGAAGGAGUUGGUUAGGAGAGUAAAAGCUGCUGUUUUUUAAAUUGAUGGGGGUGAGUUUAAUGGGAUGUAAUAAUGUAGGCUACAGGAUUCAACCAUAUCUUUGUACAAAGUAGAGAGAAUCCUGUAAUUUGCUUGAAUUUUGUGCAUUCAAGUUAAUGAAAUGUGCAUUGUCUUUAUGUGUAUUCAUUCCACUUGCUUGCACAUAGUGCCAUUGAAAUCUAAAAAUUUGUUUUCUUAUAAAGUGUAUUUAUCUUUGUGUGUG